UGCUGAUGCGGCAGGCGCCUCCCCGGGUCCUAGCGCCCUCCAGCUCCAAGACAGAAAAGGCCAGGGCGCCGCGCGUCUUGCCCAACGGGACUUUUCCCCGGAGGUUUCCCCCGCGCGUGUCUCAGGGACUCAAGCAGGAAGUUGAGCCUGAUGUGUGAAGUUGUGCCCUCAAUGGCAGCUUGAUGAUGGUGAAGCUGUGGCAAUGAAAAAUACCUACUCAAACUUCAAAGCAGUUUAAGUUGUUUCAUCUAAUGCAAUGACCCAGCAACCCCAAGAUGAAUUUGACAGCAGUGUGGAGCAGGCAUUAGACUGGAUGAAGACUAUCCACGAGAGACUAAAGAUCAAUGACAAUACCAAGGGGCCCCGAUCUGCCUUGGAGGCUAGGCUGAGGGAUACAGAGAAAAUCCGUGCGUUGAAACCAGAAGGCCAAUUGAAAAUGGAUUUGGUUCUUAUGAAGGCUAAUGCUCUCCUGCAGUGCACCAGUGAAGAGAAAAAGCAUGAAAUAUUAUUCAAACUGAAGGAUAUUAAAGCUAUGUGGGAAGAAACAGCCAUAUACAUUACACAUUGUCACAGUCGUAUUGAAUGGGUUUGGCUGCACUGGAGUGAAUACUUGAAGGCCCAGGAUGAAUUCUAUGUGUGGAUUCACAACAUGAAGGUGACCUUGGAGCCAGACAUAGAACUACAGCUUGGUUUCAAGGAGAAGCAGUGGCAGCUCAGCCAUGCUCAAGUCCUUCUGAACGAUGUAGUAAAUCAGGCAGUUCUGCUAGAACGGCUACUGGAAGAAGCCAGUUCCCUGUAUAAUCGGAUUGGAGAUCCAAGUGUGGAUGAAGAUAUCCAAAAGAAAAUGAAGGAAGAAUAUGAAGAGGUCAAGAAUGAAGCACAGAGAAGAGUGGGACUGCUGGAAAAGAUAACAAAAGAACACGAGCGAUAUAAGUGCAACAUCGACCAGUUUCAUUUGUGGCUGACCCAGGUGACAGAAAGAUUAAACGGCUGCCUUGGCCAAGAAGCAAAAUUGCCAGCAGAAAAUAGAAUUAAGGCUUUGCAGGAUAUUGCCAAAGAUGUGAAGAGUGGGGAAAAGAAACUGAGGAGUCUUGAAGCUCAGUCUGUUGGUGUGAUGCAAAACACCUCCCCACUGGGAGCAGAGAAGAUGAAGACUGAGCUGGAAGAUCUGAAAAAAGCCCUCGAAAAGCUGAAAGUGGUGGGUACUGAAGAAGAGGAGAGGUUGCUGAAAAGCCUUAAGUCGGAAAAUGCCUAUCACGCACAAGCCAGGUUACUGGAAGCUGAAGUUCAGGAGUUUCGUAAAAGCCUGCAGAGGCUGGGAAACACCUUUGAACCAAAUGAUGGCACAAGAAGUGAAGAUGACUUAAUUGCUCUCUGGAGAAAAUAUAUGGCAACAAGAGGAGCCCUUACAGCAGAGGAAGCAAAGGCAGAAAGAAUGAAGACACAGCUUAAGGAGUUGUUCAAGUUUUCACAAGACCUGCAACCUCUUUCUGACAGUGUGAUUCGUGCAAUAUGUGAAUAUCAAAGCCUGAAGGGGAAGACAUACAAAAUGAGUUCUGAGACUGAAACAGAGUUGAGGCAACGCUUCCAAAAUCCCCUGAGGGAGUUCCAGCUGUGGAAACCAUCAGUACAGAGACUACUGGACACCACUGCAAAUAUUUCAGAUCCUUCCAUGACAGAGCCAUUCUUGCAUCAGAUUGAGCAAUAUCUGGCUGAAUGUUCCCACUUUAAGGAGAAACUCCUGAUGUUGCAGUUGAAAAAAGAUUUCCUGAGCAGCAUUUUUGAGGAGGAGAGAGCAAAGUCACUCUUGGUGGAGGCAACUAAUGCCAUGAAGGAAGCAGAACACCUGCACAAAGAGCUCCUUCAGAGAAAAAGCAGAUUGCAGGCUUUAGUAUCUCAGCAUAAAGACUUUGGGGCAAUCUUUGAGCAGUUGCAAAAGAGGUUGUCAGUUCUCAGAGCCAAAUUAGAUGCAGAGAAGGAACCUUUGACUGAUCUGACAGCCAAAGAAGCUCGACUACAAAGGCUACAGAUUCUCCAUGGAGAUGUGGCAGAGUGUGGUGCUCAAAUGGAUGAACUGGAGAAACUUGUUCAGCUAGACCCAACACAGAAGCAUAAAAUUAAGCUGCUUUCUUCUGAACAUCACCUUCUGAAGAGAUCUCUGGAGACCAUCACAGCACAGAGUAAGCAGCAUGUCCAAGACCACUGGACCUUCAAUAAUAAAUCAACAGAUCUCUGGCAGUGGCUCACAGUAACCAAACAAAAACUGGACUCUUGUUGGGGUGCUAAUGAUGGGUGGAAAACUAAUAGCCGAGUUUGGGAUUUGGAGAGACUUCAAAUGGAGUUUCCAGAUAGAGAGAACCAACUGCAAUUUAUUGAGGCCAAAGGAGAACUGGUUGCAGCAAACUCUUCUUCAGAAGGGGCUGAAAAUGUUGAAAAAGAAUUGAAGAAGCUAUUGGAAUCCUUUGAGUCUCUUGAAGACAUGAUGACAAGGUUAACACAGAAAAUCCAUCCAAACAGGACAGCAACAGAUGUGCGCAAGAAGACAACAUUCUCCAACAACACACCAGCUCAAGGCUUUUUCAUUCACUCUACAGAUGGUCCCAACCAGUACUGGAAGGACUCAGCCCAAGAUGAAGAGUCUAACGGCCUCCAACUCAUUAAAAAUUUUGAACAGUGGUUGCAAGGGGAAAAUGCCAGAUUGUCCAGAAUUCUAGCCACGAAACCAUCCAGCAGUGAAGAACUGAAAGUGAGGCACGGCAACCUAAAGGAACUUCAGUCUCGAGUUCCUGAGGGACAGCAUCACUUUGAAGAUCUCUUGCGUCUUCAGCCCAUUGUCCGGAGCUCUGAGGAACUGGAAGACUUGCGAUACCGAUGGAUGCUCUACAAGUCUAAACUGCAUGACUCAUUGAUGACAAGUUCCUUAGAAGAGCCAAUAACAUUCAGAAAGGGAAAACCAACUGGAGCAUGCUCUUUUCUACGUCGCGUCUGCUGUGCAGCUUUGCCUCUUCAGCUGCUCUUAUUGUUUCUGCUGCUCCUUGCCUUCCUGCUCCCUCUAGCAGAGGAAACACACAGUUGCAAACUGGCCAACAACUUUGCACGUUCCUUCAACCUGAUGCUUAGAUAUGAGGGGCCACCACCAACUUAAGUUCUCCACACCCUCCUCAGGUGCCUUUGAGAAGACAGCUUGGACUAGCCAAGUUACUUUCUCCUCAAGAGUGUCUUCUUCUUCGGGUCCCCUAGGGUCCAAGACAACUAGUAAGAGACUUAUGCUAACUGGAAACUUGCUCGAAAUACCUAUAUUACCCAUUGUAUGCUCAGGCUAUAGAAAAGAAGUAAUCAUAUUUAGAGCUGAAAUAUUUUUUAAAAUAUAUGGCUAUAUUUAUACUGUAUAUAUGAUUUUAUACAUAUGUAUAUCUCAAUGAAAGAUUUCCCGAAAUCAGUAUUUUCAGUCUACUCCUGCCAGUUUUUUUAUUGCUUCUGUUUUUGCUGAGUAGCAAUACAUAGUUUUAACUAAGUCUUGCUGAGCACAAAAGUUAAAAUAGGAUGUCACAAGGUGUGAUGACAGAUGUUGAACUUGGUUUCCCAAAACAGCAGCCUUGCAUGAAAUUCCUUCUCUCUUACUUGUGAACAUAUACUUCAGAAAUGCUAUAAGUGUCGCCUGAUUGAAAACAUCUUUGUUGAUUAAUUAAUCUCUGGAAUCUGCAUAAACUCCCCCAAAACUCGCUGACUGUUAUUGGGCAAGUCACACUCUCUAAAUUUCGAAGGAGAGCCAUGGCAAAUGCCCUCUGAGCAAAUCUUGCAAAAUAAUAAUAAUACUAUACAGAGUGUGUGCUCCCCUCCCAAAAUGUAUAAAUACUUAAAAGUUUAUAAGAGCGAGGAGGAGGGAGUGAAAAUUCCCUCCCCUCCCAAAAUUAAUACAAUUUCUACAAGAUUAAAAACCACAGUAGUAGAGGUGUCAGAAAAUUCCAUGAUAAACUUUAAUUACCUCCCAACAAAGGAUUCCCCCAGGCAGUAAGAAACCAGACCUUGAAACUGCUGAGCCAUUAAAUGCUAAUCAAGUUGCCCAAUUGAAACAUUCACGCCUACCUCAAACAAACAAGUUCUUUCUCCCACCCUGAACAUACCACAGAUACAUAAACCCCAUUUUCCUAGUUUACAACAGACCUCACAACCUCUGAGGAUGCCUGCCAUAGAUGCAGGUGAAACAUCAGGAGGGAAUGCUUCCAGAUCAUAGCCAUACAGCCUGGAAAACUCACAACAACCCAGUGAUUCGAGCCAUGAAAGCCUUCGACAAUACAUUUAGGUGAGGUUUGCUGCAGUGCAUUGCUAUGCAGGGACAACAAUUUGAACAUCUUCCAUAAGACUGUGAUUUCAGGUGUUAUAACAUUUAUUAUUCAAUAUAAAUGUAUUUAUGUAAUCUUCAAAUAAUCCCAAUAGCUGCCAUAGCAUUUAAAGGUAUUAUACAUUUUUGGGGCACACUCUGCAUUCAUUACAAGCAAUAUCUAUAUGUAUUAAAACAGUAUGUGUAUUUUUAAAUCUCACAUAUUUUCCAGAGCAUUUUUUUCCAUUUUGAUCAAUUCAUCUAAGCAAUUAAUUAAUUAAACAUUGCAACUGUAAAGAAAACAUUAUUUUAUUGGCUACUAUAAACCCACAAAAUCACAUCUUUUAAUGUUUGCAUGUUUACAUAUUAUGAAUAAAGAAAGGUUGCUAUUUUGGGUAACACCCAUAAGGUUCUCAUUGCAUCUUGUUCCACCAAAGUAUGAUAAGAGAUUAUCCAGGGAAUGCCUUACAGAAUGCCGUGAGGAAAGGUUACUCAUAUAUUUAAGGCAAGAACUACUUUUAAAAGUGUGGGUGUUUCCCAUUAUUUUAUUUCCUUAGCAUUCUUUGUGUGGUCCAAUUAGGAAACCAACAAAAUUCUCAGUAGGUGCUUCAAAGAGAAGUGUGUAUGCAGAAUUUGGAGCCUGGCAAAGAGCAGAGAUCCAAAGCCUCCAGAAAUACACCUAUGUAUGGGAAAGUAUACUUUUUUAUGCGGAGCUGUAAAAAUUGUGUUGGCAGCUAUAUCUUCAUUUUUCUCAUCUCAGUUUCUAAGCAGGCACAUAGUAUCAUGUAACUGUUUCUUGAUCAUAUAUCCUUCAGCACAAGUUUGAAUAGAACAUAAAAAACAGACUUGUCUAGCCUCUCAGUUCAUUAUGGAGAAGGGACUAGAUCUGCAGAAAUGUGUAGCCAUUUGUUAUUUUCACCUCAUGGGAACAUAAAGAUGAUCUUAUGGGACCAGACCACAGACCUACCUGACCCAGCAUUCUGUCACACAGUGACCAGUCAGUUGCCCAUGGAAGCCCUAUCAGCACAAUAGUGCCUUCUUCCUCAGGUUCCUCAGCAACUGGUAUUAAUACUGGAACUAGCAUCUACCCCAUAGCUUUCCUAUUAAUACAAGUUGAAUAUCCAAUAUCCAGAAAGAGCUGGGACCAGAAGUAUUUUAGAUUUCAGAUUUUGGAAUAUUUGUACUUGCAUAAUACAAUAAACACAAAAUUUGUGUAUUUUUAUAUAAA